CUCUAUGUUUUAAUUCUAUUCAGAAUAAUUUCUUUAAAAAAACAAAAAAAGACGUGCACUGCACACAUCACAUUGAAGUCUUCGGCGGCCCCAAAUUAAUGAACCAAAUUUAACACGAAUAUUUUCGUCAAUACUCCCUUCAUUUCCUUCCCUAGAUUUUGCCCAACAGAAACAAAGUCUAGGCAUUCGUCACACAGAUAUCUUACCACAAUGGCAACGAAGGCACUGGAAGAAAACGGUGUCGUUUCCCUCUCGUUCGCUGAUUACCCGGAAGACGUGCAGCUUUGCAUCCUCUCCUUUCUGACGCCGGCUGAGAUCUCCGCCUUCGCCUGCACCUCGAAGCGCUUCGUCUCUCUUUGCCGCGACAACCAGCGUCUCUGGUUCUCUAUGUGCGACCGCAGGUGGGGAUCCAAGACCCUCAUCAAGAAAUGGGGCAAUGGCAAGAUCUCCUAUAAGCUCCUCUACAAAACGCUACACGAGUGCGAGAAUCUCAUCGGCUUCUGGCGCCGCAGCGGCGCUGGUGUGGAUUCCGGUAUUUCGGGUCAUCUCGUGUUCUUCGAGUGGGGCCCUUUUUAUGUGUCCGGGUCAUGGGUUACCCCUAUGAAAACGUCUACCUAUAAGGUGAUCAAGGCUCCAUUCCUAUGGAUGGGGAUUAGUUCAGAUGGAGAGCCGGUUAACUACCUUGAUCUCGAAAGUAGGCUCGAGGUUUCUGAGAAUUUGAUGGGUUCGGAGGAAUCACUGUCGGAAUUAGUUCCAGUCAAUGUGAAUUUCAUCGGGAAAUGUCAUAUUGCUAUUGAAGAGAAUGUGAAUUUCUAUGUGCACAGUUCUGGUUCCCCACAGAAUGCAGCUUUUAUGAAGGUUUCAAGUUCAGGGAAUGUUAAGGAGGUUUCAAGUACAGGGAAUGUGAAGGAAGAGGAGCCCGAGGAGUCCUUUGGCUCCCCAGGAAGCCUGCCUGACCUAUCAAUGUAUGAGAUUUAUCAGUACUUUGCAAACAAGACGAUUUCUUCUGGGAAUGGAUCAUGGAGGAGACAGCGAAGGAGGAAAAAGGAAAGGCAGGGAAGGAGGAAGUGGGGCACGGAGCACUUUGUCAAGGUUGUCAAUUGCUCACCCACUCCAGCUAGGCCAUUGCAGGGUCUAUGGAAGGGAAUGAGUGAUGACAUGAGCCUUGAAUUUUAUCUUGUUUCAUAUGAUGACAUUGGAGGAAUUACGUGCCGGAGAGUUGGGGAACUUUCUCAACUCUUCUCUGGGUGUACCCCGGUUUUCUGGACUUCGAGCACUACCUUUAUCGAAUCUCCCUUAUCUUCAGAUGAGCAACAUAUAUACGAAAGUCGCAUACAUCUUCAGCAGCCUCUUGCUGAAGGUGACAUUGUUGAGGAUUGUAUAGCUUCUUCUGAUAGCGGGGACGUAUCACAUACGCUCACAAUGAAUUCAAGCUAUGACUUGGUUAUCCCUGACCUGCUGGGAACUAGUUUGAAUCCCCGGCAGGUGGAAGGAAGGAUUUGGCUUUACAGAAAUGGGACAUUUGGCUAUGGGUUUCUCAGAAAUAGUCACAUUAUAGACUUGAAGCAGAUUGCUAGAGAUGGUCGCAUAUUAGAUGUGGCCCGAUUUAAAGAAGAUUGAUUGUUUUGUUAUGUUUAAUUAAAGCAGCUGAGUAGGAAAUUUCUUAUUGUUUUUGUUGCACAUAAAAUACUCCGUACUAGACUGGUAUGGUGUGCUGGUGGGAUUCUGAACCUUAAAGGUUUGUACCACCGUCACCUUUCUGUAACUGUUGUAUGUGUGGUGGCGCCGGGUUGCACCGCAACCCCCAAAAGCCCAUACUAUAUAUAUGGAAUAAAUGUUUACAAUUCUU